UCUGAAUUGAAAUCGCCAUUGCACGGCACGUGUGAAAGUACAAGUUUUUCAAUAUCUAUAUCUUAAACUUGGACUGUACAGCAAAACGCUGCUUUAAGCACACAAAUGGAGUCCGAAUCUUUCUAUGGUGUUACGCUGAGCGAAAAAGAGCCAAUUGCACAGUUUGAUGUGCCGGAAAUACCAGAGGACUAUGUUGUACACUCACACAAGCUAAUCAUUAAACAAAUUUCCCUGGGUCCGGAAGCAAAGUCUGGCGAAUUUAAUGUCGUUCAGGCGGAAUCAAAUCAAAUAGCUGAUGGCGAAAAGAAGACGAUCAAGAUUCCUAUAGCUGUGCUAAAGGUUGGCGAGACCCGAAGCUUGCGCCCCAAUAUUGAAUUCCCCAAUGGCUCCGUCACAUUUAAGCUAGUGCAAGGCACGGGGCCGGUCUAUGUCUGUGGCAAGGCUGAAAUGAACUUGGGAGAAUAUGACGAUGCACAAAUGUACGAGGAAUACUCGGAUGAGGAUGAUGAAGAGAGCGAUUUGGACGAUGUAGCACCACAGACCAAUGGAAAAGGCAAUAAAAAGAAGUAAUACCGGUUAACUUCAGACCUCCUCCUCCUCCUACACAUCCAGUAAGCUAAUAAUACAUUUAAAAACAACCAACCAUAAAUGUUACAACAGUAUGGCAUCAACAACAAAAACAAAACAAAAACAUAUUUUUGCUAAAGUAUGAAAUAAACAAAAAAUUAAAUUCAAUCGAA